UCCGAGCCAAUUGCAAAAGACCUAACCAAGCCCAACCCAGCGGAAGGAACGGUUUCGGAGUUGUUUAUUUCUCUUUGAUAAAGGAGCCUUUCCUCGCUCUUGCUUUUAUUUUCUGCUGUGUGACGGAACAACGCUCCAGAAGCUCGUUGGAGUGCCAGGAAAAAGAAAACAAACCAAAAGCUCUCCGCGGCGUGAAGGAUGAGAUUCUUCCUGGACUGCGUCCUGCUUCUGCCUUUACUGCUCGUCUUCUCCUUAGAGUCUCUCCUGAAGCUUUUUAUUCCAAAGAAAAGAAAAUCAGUAACUGGAGAAAUCGUCCUGAUUACCGGAGCUGGACACGGAAUUGGGAGGCUGACUGCCUAUGAAUUUGCUAAACUUAAAACCAAACUGGUCCUGUGGGAUAUAAAUAAGCAUGGAAUUGAGGAAACAGCUGCCGAAUGCAGGAAACUGGGUGCCAGAACUCAUACCUAUAUUGUGGACUGCAGUAACCGAGAAGACAUUUACACUGCUGCCAAGAAGGUGAAGACAGAAGUUGGAGAUGUUGGUAUCUUAAUAAACAAUGCUGGUGUAGUAUAUACAUCAGAUUUGUUUGCUACACAAGACCCUCAGAUUGAAAAGACUUUUGAAGUUAAUGUUCUUGCACAUUUCUGGACUACAAAGGCAUUUCUUCCAGCGAUGAUGAGUAAUAAUCAUGGUCAUAUUGUCACUGUGGCUUCAGCAGCUGGACACACUGUGGUCCCUUACUUAAUGGCUUACUGUUCAAGCAAAUUUGCUGCUGUUGGAUUUCAUCGAGCUUUGACUGCAGAACUGAGCGCCUAUGAAAAAACUGGAGUCAAAACAUCAUGUCUCUGUCCUAAUUUCAUAAACACAGGCUUCAUCAAAAAUCCAAGUACCAAUUUGGGACCUACCCUGGAACCUGAGGAAGUGGUAAACAAACUGAUGAAUGGCAUCCUGACAGAGCAGAAAAUGAUUUUUGUUCCAGCCUCUAUAAACUUCUUAACCGUGGUAGAAAGGAUCUUUCCUGAGCGUUUCCUGACACUUUUAAAAAGAAAAAUCAAUGUUAAGUUUGAUGCAGUAAUUGGAUACAAAGAGAAAGAGCAAUAGUGCUUUAUUUUUGAAAACUGAUCUACCAAGUUCCAGUUGACUUCAUCUAAUGUUAAUCACAAUUUUCAUGUUUGAACUUCUGACUUUCCUAAUUAUAUUUUUUUAAUUAUUAUUUGGUAUUAUUGUUUAAAGCUCUGCUACUGAAAGCUAAUUUCUUCUAACAGAGAGAAAUAUCUUAGGAAUUGACCUUAUGGAAAGUAGGGGAAAAGAAGAAUUUUACUAUAAUUUCUAAAAUUGUGUGACUCAUCUGAUGGUUUUGCAAAAUUUGUACUAGAAAUGGUUAAGAUUUUUUAUUUUUAGUUAUACGUUAUUAACAUUUACAAAAUUUGCCUUUUCUUUUCUAAUCUACCUUUAAACAGAAACUUAAAGCUCUCUAAACAUAACGAAGAGCUAUACUUGGUGGCAUUUUAUAAUAAAUUUCAUGUGAUGUAAGAUAUAGUGCUUGAACAUUUCAUCCUGCACAGUUCCACUGUUUCCUGACAGAUACCUCACAUUCCAAUGCCAAACAUUUCAGCACAAGGAAACAAGAGAUGGACACAUGUUGCAGAAUAAUUGUAUCGUGGAGGGGGGGGGUUGAUGCAGAGAAUUGGGAGAAUGUACCAAUAAGUGGCAAUAAUAAUAAAUGGA